AUGGCCGUGCUCGAGUUGCCGCUGGUCAUGCAGAACCUGCUGUUCGCGAUCCCCCGCAACGCUCGCCGCCUGCUCGGCACGGUGAUCUGGGUGAGCCUCAGUGUGAUCACCCAGAUCUUCCGGACCUCUUUCCGGCGCCAUGUGGCUGGGAUUAACCAAGGCACUGUCCUCCAACUCUUCAACCUGGCCUACUUGGAUUUCUCGGUCCGUCCUCUAAGACUGGGAACCCACAGUGACUUCAGCUCGCGGAUGACCGCGUAUGUGCAAUGGGCGCAACUCACGGACGAUCAGCUGGCCAUUGCACUGGAGCGAGCGCGCGUGCGCCGCAACCGAGACGAUAAUCUCCCCGAUGACCCCCUGCAUUUCUCGACUGAUCCAGACUGGAACCCGACGGCACACGGGAUAGCUGAUGUCCUGCACCUCCUGAUGCCUGUCACCUUCAACGGACUCGAGAACUGCCUAGUGAUCAAGUACGGCAGGGCCGGGGGCGCUGACGGAUUCCAUGGGAGACUCCGCGCCCACCGACUCGGUGGCACCGAGCGCUUUGUUCGCAACGAGGCGAACCGUCGACACUGGCACCAUCGCUGGCUCGACAGCGAAGGCCGCCAACGUGAAGAACUGCUUGUAAUCCCUCCUGACCAACUGCCCGAGGUGGAGCGCAUGUUCAGGGCUUUAAUGCUCGUCUUCCCGGCGUAA